AUGUAUCCGCCUCCUCCUAGAAUGGAGUCGUAUCACGGAUAUGUCCGGACGACUCUGGACGCUAUUAUUUUGUUUGAGGCAUGUCGAAUUGGUCUUUUACCCCGUGUUCAGCGAAGACUUUCUGAGAAAGAACGCAAGGCAAUUCAACCUGGCUCGGUGUUUGUAUGGGAUGAACGUGAAGCUGGUAUGAGAAGAUGGACUGACGGCAAGUCCUGGAGCGCCUCGAGAGUUUCUGGAUCGUUUCUCACGUAUCGUGAAAUGGAAGGAAAGCGUGUUGAAUUGGUUGUAGAUACUUCAGUGCCUUCUGAAAGACAUCUACCUCCUGUCAACACAGACCGUCUUAUGCAGCCAGUCGAGGUGCGAAUGCCUGGUCAACCCAAUAACCAGCAAUCCGGUCAGGGACCACAGAAUCAGCAGGGGCAACAAGGACAACAGAGUCAGCAAGGACAACAGGGACAACAGGGACAACAGGGACAGAAUCAACCGUCAUACCCCGAUAACAUUCUAUCACCAGUUGAUAACCGAUCAGUAUCAUCAUCAAACUCACCUAACAACAACAACAACACCAAUCCCAACAAUACAUCUGGUGAUAUGGCUGACGAUGAUGAACACGAUGUUCACUGGAUCCCUCAGGACGGAUAUCGAUAUAAACCCAAUGGACUUAUGAAACAGUCGUUUUCAAUUACCACCUCAACCAAUCUUAAACUGCAUCUGAUUUCAUACUUUUCACGAGCCCAGCUGAAAAACGGAGAAAUGCUUCCUGUUCCAUCGCGAGAUCCUAAUCUACGAAACAUCGUGAUCCCCAAAGGUCUGUAUCCCGACCAUUCGUCUCCUUUAGAUCAUCCUCAUCCCAACACAAUUGUGCAGAUUUACACACCUGAGCGGGACUCAGCUGGCAAUGUGGUUCCAAACUCUGGCAAUCUUCAUGGCGGUCAUGGUGGUCCUCCUGGAACUACCGUUACUCAAGUUAUCUAUAACGGCACGUCGCCACGACCUGGUCAAGUUGCUAUUGGUCCCGGUCCUGGAGCUGUUCAGGGUCCUGGUCCUGGUUAUGGUCAAGUUUAUCAACCUGGUCCACCAGGAUAUGGCCAACCAGUAGGUGGUCCAGUUCAAAUAAUCGGACCCGGACCUGGUCCUCAACCUGGACCCCAUCCAUAUUCCCCACCACAACAUCAACAACAUCAACAACAUCAACAACAGCAGCAACAGCAGCAACAACAACAGCAAUUGCCAGCUCAAACAACCGUAAUCUACCAACAACAACCCCCUCAACAACUCCCACCACAACAUCAACAACAGCAGGGACCACCAGGUCCUCAACCUGUCGCAUCUCAUCAACAACAACCUCCUCAUUUAGCACCUCCCCAUCACACCCUUCAACAACAGCAACCACCACCAUCACAACAACAACCCCCUCCUCAAGUUGUUCAACAGCAGCAACUUCUUCAUCCUCAACAACAAAUGGGUUUACCACCACAACCACAACCACAACAACAGCAACAACCACCACCACCACCUCAACAACAACAACAACAACAACAACAACAACAACAAUACUUCUACGCUGGUCAAACCCAUGUUCAACCACCAUUACAACAUCCACCUCCACCUGGUCAACACCAUUUCCCUCCUCCUGGCCCCGCUACUUUACACCCUCAAACACCCCAGCGGCCUGGAAUGGUUGUAUACGGUCCUCCUCCUAGUUCGGCAGGUCCACCUAGCGGGAUCUCUACUGCCGCAACCACCCCUCUACCAUCGGUGUCACCACAAGUUCCCACACCACCUCCAUCUCACGUCACUGGAGGAACCUAUAUCAAAACUGAGCCGGGAACAACAUCCUUCACCACAACCCCAUCUCCAUUAGUUGUACAUAAGACGCCACCUCCCAUCUCCCAAACCCCUCCUAGUGGCGCUCCCGCGAUCCUGGCUCUUCCUCCCCCCGAACGCAAACCAUUACCUGCUUUCCCCGCUGGCCCUGUAGCCUCUCGCGACGGCGUCGACAAAGCUCUCUGGAGCGAAGACGCCCGUGCCAUUAACGUGCUCGACAAAAGCUUCAACUUCAGUAUCUAA